AUGGACGCGUCGCCGAGUGGAGAAGGAUCUGAGCGCGGCGAAGACAAAGGGAUAUUCCAAUACUUUGGUUGGGUUUAUCACAUUGGCGUCAAUUCCGUUGGCCGCGAGUAUUGCCACCUCCGAUUCCUUUUGGUCAGGGGCAAGUGCGUUUCCAUGUACAAGCGUGACCCUCACGAGAACCCUGACAUUAAACCCAUUAGACAGGGAGUCAUUGGUGCCACAUUAGUGGUGGAGGAGCUAGGAUGUCGGAAGGUCGACAAUGGGGAUCUUUUUGUAGUACGAUUCUACAGUCGAUCAGAUGAGGACAGAAAGGGAGAAAGUCCACGACUUGGUGCAUUAGCCUCAGCACUCUUCAUAGAGUAUACAUUGGCAGCCCUCUUCACUGAUGCAACUGAGGAAGCCCAGAGAUGGGUGGAGGCGUUUCUUCAGGCCAAGCAACAGUUUGUUUAUGGGGCAAGGGAUUUGGAUCAAAGUUCAUGA